GAAAGGCGUAGUAGCCACUAGGCCCCUGCAUGCGAUGCUCUGAUCCGGGCCCUGCCCUGGUGUAAUUUGCCGCCGGUGCCUUCCAUACGCGUGGCCCUGGUUGAAAUUCCUGGCCUUUCGUUUGUUGCACCGUCUGGAUCUGCCUGGCUACCCUCACUGCCAAUUGUGGGGGUUUUGCCCUCCUGGAAGCAGCAGGUCCCAGCAUGUGAUACAUGUUCCUGGUCAUCGGGAUGGAGCUUUUGCAAAAGAGUUGGACACCGGCUUGGAUUGAGAGGGAGGGUUGUGGUACCAGCAGACUUAGUCUGUGCUUAAGCAGAAGGGCACGGACAAGUUGGUGACUCAGACUUUGACAGAUUGUUUUUCUUUUGUAGCAGACUUCAUAUCCUCUGUAGACCCUGAGAAACUGCAUCACUCUGUUCCUAAAUGUGAAGCUGAAAAUACUCCCUAUUCUCAGCUGCCCUGGACCAUUCAUUUUCGGGGAAACCAUUGGCAGACUUCUAUGCUGGCAUUUCAGGCGUCCCUCCCCAUGAGAGCAGAACCGAGGAAGAAAAAGAAGGUAGAUCCAAGAAGAGACCAAGCACAAAAGGACCGUAUGAAGAAAAAGAUUAAAAAGAUGGAAAAAGCUGCCCAGGAAAUGAUUCCCAUUGAGGAUUUUGUAACACCAUUCAAGUUUUUGGAUGCUUCACGAGUGCGAGAGAUCUCCCCACUGUCCUUUGAGGAGAAUGAAAGGCGAGCCCUGCUCCUGAAGAAAUGGGCCCUGUACAAGCAGAAAGAACAUGAGGCAGAGAUGGAAACACUGAAGUCUCUUAUGGCAGCUCAGCAGGAGGCACUAGAGGAAUUGCGUCUCGAAUCAGAAGAACUUUACCAAGCAGCAAUAAGACGAGAUGAGGACCUGUUUCCCUUUGAGAAAGAAGGGCCUAGUUACACACCACAGGUUCCUGGCUAUGAGGCUCCUGAAGGGAAAUGCAUCGACAUUACCAAAGUGUACACACAGUGAGAUCGGAAGACUCUGCCAUGGAGCUGGCAGGAGAUACUCAGUGCAUUAAAGGAUGACACAAUGGGAUGUGACUAGACUAUUUAUUUUGUUUUUUCAAACAUCCCUAUGCAGAUGUCUGUCAAAAGAAAAGAAAAACACCACCUGUCCUUGUUCCCUUUCUUUUUAUAACUGGCCAUCUUGACAAUAAAACUUCCAAUAAAAACAAAAUACUUUAGAACUCCA